AUGCUGAUUUUCUGCCUCCUCAUAGUACACAGCAAUAAUACGCCAUAUCGCACAAUCCGUGUAAUGCCACUUGGAGGCUCAAUCACAUAUGGAGUCGGAUCGUCUGAUAAAAACGGCUACAGACAAUAUUUACAGGAUAUGCUUACCGCUAACGGGCAUCAUGUGACAAUGGUUGGAUCGCGAAGCUCUGGUUCCAUGCGCAACAAUAAUCACGAAGGUUGGCGGGGCUUUAGAAUUGAUCAGAUAGAGAGCAAAGCUAGGAACUCUGUUCCAAAGCUUAUGCCAGACCUUGUUAUGAUCAAUGCAGGCUCCAACGACUGCAUCCAAAACUUCGACAUUGAGCAUAUUGGUAAAAGAAUGGACAAUAUGUUGGAAUUUGUUUGGAGUGCAUCUCCAGACUCAACUAUUAUUCUCUCUACUCUGAUACUGAACCUAGACACUGAGGUUGAGUCGCGCAUAAAAUGGGUCAACAAUCAAUUCCAAGACAUAAUACUUCAAAAGCAAAGUGAAGGCAAGAGAAUUGCCUUUGUCGAUAUGCAUAGUCAAGGUGGACCGAAAAAUAACGAUAUAUUAAGCGAUGGGACCCAUCCAAAUGAUCAGGGAUAUUAUAAAAUGGCCAGAAUUUGGUAUGGGGGGGUUCUGGAUGUUAUGUCGAAAGGAUUUCUUCCAUGA